AAUAACAACUUUUUCUUUCUACUUUCUACAAGCCAUUUACAAAUUUCCUUUUCAGUUUUUAGUGAUAGAAUAAAAGAAGAAGAGAAGAAAUUGUAAGGAGAAUUAAAAACAAUGGCAGGUGGUGGAUUUGAUGAUAGAAGAGGAGCAAGAGCACAUCUUUAUGAGUAUAAAAUUACUUGGUAUUUCAUUUUUUCUUGCAUUAUUGCAGCCACUGGAGGUUCUCUUUUUGGUUAUGAUCUUGGUGUUUCUGGUGGGGUGACUUCUAUGGAUGAUUUCUUGAAAAUAUUUUUCCCCAAAGUGUACAGCAGGAAGCAAGAACAUCUCAAAGAAACAGAUUAUUGCAAAUAUGACAAUCAAAUUCUCACACUUUUCACUUCCUCUUUGUAUUUUGCUGCACUUAUAUCUACAUUUGGUGCUUCACAUGUUACUAGGAAUAAAGGCCGUAAAGCCAGUAUCCUAUGUGGUGCAGUUAGUUUUUUUCUUGGUGCAGUACUUAAUGCCUCUGCUAAAAAUAUUGCUAUGCUCAUUAUUGGUCGAUGUCUUCUUGGUGUUGGCAUUGGAUUUAGCAACCAGGCAGUUCCGUUAUAUCUUUCAGAAAUGGCACCUGCAAAAAUCCGAGGAGCAGUUAACCAAUUGUUUCAACUCACAACUUGCUUGGGAGUAUUAAUAGCCAAUUUGGUCAAUUAUGCAACUGCUCAAAUCCAUCCAUGGGGAUGGAGAUUAUCUCUUGGAUUAGCAGCAAUUCCUGCUGUACUCAUGUUUGUUGGUGGCCUUUUCCUUCCCGAGACACCAAACAGUCUCGUCGAGCAAGGUAAAUUAGAGAAAGCAAGGGAAAUAUUGGAAAAAGUUAGAGGAACUUCAAAAGUGGAUGCAGAAUUUGCUGAUCUUAUAGAUGCAAGUAAUGAAGCAAAAGCUAUAGAGAAUCCAUUUGGAAAUUUACUAGAGAGGAAAAAUCGGCCACAAUUGGUGAUUGGAGCAUUAGCAAUUCCAGCAUUUCAACAGCUUACUGGAAUGAACACAAUCCUUUUCUAUGCACCUGUUAUUUUUCAGAGUUUAGGGUUUGGCUCAGGAGCUUCUCUUUAUUCAUCUGUUAUUACUGGUGGAGCACUUGUUGUUGGUGCACUUAUGUCAAUGUCCUUUGUUGAUAAGUUUGGAAGAAGAGCUUUCUUUUUGGAAGCUGGAGUUGAAAUGAUCUGCGUCAUGGUUGCAGUUGCCAUUACACUAGCAUUAAAGUUUGGACAAGGUGUAGUGCUACCAAAAGGAAUUGGAAUAUUCCUAGUAAUAAUAAUUUGCAUAUUUGUUCUUGCCUAUGGAAGAUCAUGGGGUCCUUUAGGUUGGUUAGUUCCAAGUGAAAUAUUUCCAUUGGAAACAAGAUCAGCAGGACAAAGUAUUGUUGUUUGUGUCAACAUGAUUUUCACAGCACUAAUUGCACAAUGUUUCUUGGUUUCACUUUGUCACCUCAAAUAUGGCAUAUUUCUGCUAUUUGCUGGUUUGAUUAUUAUUAUGAGUUGCUUCAUAUUGUUGCUUUUGCCUGAGACAAAGCAAGUUCCAAUUGAAGAAAUUUAUUUGCUAUGGCAAAGUCAUUGGUUUUGGAAAAGGUAUUGUGCACCUGAGGAGAAUGGAGAUGAAUUCAAGAAAGAGCAGCAAGUUUAGAGUAUUAUAUGGAUUUUUAGGGUUGAAAAUUUGCUUAUUGAUUUUUAUUUGUUCAAUGAAACUAUUGUAGUUGAUAUCUUUUUACAUUUAAAAAAACUUUUGACUUAGAAGUUGAGUACAUUUAUGCACUUUGGAUGCCUUUUGAAUCAAGA